AUGCCUGCUAAACGUAAGGCAGCACCCGCCUCGGUCGGAUAUUCCGACUCCACAGGCAACGCAUCCAACAAGCGCUCCGCCGAAUCCCAGCCCGCUCCCAAAGCCGUCAAACGCUCCUCUAGUGCCCGCCCAGAGGAAUCCAAGUCCACCAAUGGCACCAAGAAACACUUCGACCAUUCGCGCAUUGAAGAGCGCCUGGGUAUCGUCCAGCGCGACUACUACCCGGCCGAAAUGUCCAACGAGCGGUGCGAGCAGUACAACAACAAUGAGAUCCCCCGGCCGAUCGAGGUGCUCGAGAAGGCCGUUGCCGACACUGCGGAACGGCGCGCCAAAAUAAAACUUGGGGACGCCGUCGUUCAUUGGUUCAAGCGGGACCUGCGAAUCUCUGACAACAAAGCGCUGAGUCUGGCGGCAAAGAAGGCAAAAGAGGGCGGCGCCCCUCUCAUCUGCAUCUUCGUCGUGUCGCCGCAGGACUACCAGGCCCACUUCACCGGCGCCCCGCGGGUCGACUUUGAGCUGCGCACCCUGGCCGUGCUGAAGGAGGACCUGGCGGAGCUGGACGUCCCACUGCUGGUCGAGACCGUCGAGAAGCGCAAGGACGUGAUGCCGUACCUGCUGGGCAAGUGCAAUGAAUGGGGUGCGAAGCACGUCUUCUGCAACAUGGAGUACGAGGUAGACGAGCUGCGGCGCGAGGCGCGGCUGACCAAAAAGUGCCUGGACGCUGGCAUCGACUUCACCGUCGUGCACGACGACGUCGUUGUCCCGCCAGGCGCCCUCCAAACCGGCCAAGGGAAGCAAUACGCCGUCUACAGCCCGUGGUUCCGCUCGUGGCUCGCCCAUGUCCACAAGCAUCCCGACCUUCUCGAUGAGCAUCCCAAGCCGGAGAAGAACCCCGAAGGCGCCCGCAAGAAAUUCAAGGACAUCUUCGAAUCGAAGAUCCCCGACUCGCCAGAGAACAAACGACUGGAUCCGGAGACGAAGAAGCGAUUGGCCUCUCUGUGGCCGGCCGGCGAGCACGAGGCGCGAGAGCGGCUGGAGAAAUUUCUCGGGCAGAAGAUCACCAAGUACAAGGAUGCGCGCAACCUCCCCGCGGCAAACAGCACUGCUAUGCUAAGCGUGCAUCACUCGGCCGGCACGCUGGCGGCACGAACAAGUGUGCGGCUGGCAAGGGAAGCGAAUACUACGAAGAAGCUAGACGGCGGAAAUGCCGGCAUAGCGGGUUGGAUCAGCGAAGUAGCAUGGAGAGACUUCUACAAACAUGUGCUAGCACAUUGCCCGUACAUCUGCAUGUUCAAGCCUUUCAAGUACGAGUACACCAACGUCGAGUGGGAGUACAACGACGAUCACUUUUCCGCCUGGUGCAGCGGGCACACGGGCUUUCCCAUCGUCGACGCCGCCAUGCGCCAGAUCAACCAAAUGGGCUACAUGCAUAACCGCUGCCGCAUGAUCGUCGCCUCCUUCCUUUCGAAGGACCUGCUCAUCGACUGGCGCAUGGGCGAGCGUUACUUCAUGGAGCACCUCAUCGACGGCGACUUCGCCAGCAACAACGGCGGCUGGGGCUUCUCCGCCUCCGUCGGCGUCGAUCCCCAGCCGUACUUCCGCAUCUUCAACCCCCUGCUGCAGAGCGAGAAGUUCGAUCCGGACGGCGAGUACAUCAGGAAAUGGCUUCCUGAGUUGAGGGAUGUGAAGGGCAAGGCCAUCCAUGACCCGUACGGCAGAGGAGCGGAGGACGUAGCGAAAAAGAAUGGAUACCCGAAGCCUAUUGUAGACCAUAAGGUCUGUCGGGAAAGGACGUUGGCGAGGUACAAGGCUGGGACUGGCAGAGAGACCGCCUAG